GAUGCACCAGUCAGACGGCGACUCACUCUGGCUGAUCUGCUCAAUAGCCCUGUGUUAGACGACAACGCCAUUGAGUCCUUCUCCGGUGAAAAUCUUCUCGAAGUUCAACUCCCUUCUGCGGUAACGUCUCAGUCCAUAAUGCAUGAAGCUAGCGGCAACUAUCUUCGUGAAGAGACGCUCUCACCGAUGGAUCUGGGAAACCCUGAGGCUUCUUCACUUCUUAUGGCUGAUUUGCGUCAAGGAGCUCUUGGGAGAUACUCUCCAGUACAUGAUGGCUUUUGCACAGGCACUCUUUCAACUUCACCGCCCCAUGGAGAGGAGCUAGCGCUCUUGGUUGACUCUCCUGCUCUCGAGGAAAUUCUCAUGAGCCCUUUUAAUCAUAGCAGUCCUCAUAAAACAGGGCCCCAUAUUCUGGAUGAUGGUAUUGUUGACGUGGCGCGAGCUUUCUUACCUCCUCUUCGUUCCAAAGCCGUAUUCUCUCCGGCCGUAAAAUCAUCUCCGUCUGCUAGGAGCGUACAUGGCGACCAAUACAACUUCAUCAGUCCUGCAUCUGUGCUUGCAUCGUUCGUUCACUCAUCUCCUGGCACCAUUUGCAAAGAGGCAGAGAACGAAGGAACUGUCAUGCCCUACGACCUCGUUUUUCCUUCACCUCCCCUAUACGCGCACGCAGGUGUCGACAUAAACGAAUUUGAAUACAGAACAAGAAGGUACAAGCUGCGUCAUCCGGGAAAGGAGGUGGACAAGGGUUGGCUUGCCAGCUAUGCUGGACGACUGUCAGAAAAUGGAGAAGUGCUUGAUGGAUAUCGUUGUUUUAUUACAGGCUGCAACCAUACUAACAGAAGGCGAGACCAUAUAUUGGUACAUGUUGGGGCACAUGUCAACAUCCGCCCAUACAGCUGCGACUUUUGUGGACAAUGCUUCCUCAGAAAGAACGAGCGCAAGCGACAUGAAGUGGCUCACCAGAAACUGCGCUCGCACGAGUGCCAUGUCUGCAAGAAGACUUUCGUUCGACAAGACCUGGUUAAAAGACAUCUUCGACAGCAACAUGGUACGGUAGAGGAUAGCACGGGAUCUCGCUCGAGAAAGACACACAGAGUCAAACGAGAGGAGCAUCUUUUGUCUACCAUCUGAGCUAUGGGCAAUAUACAGACUAUUUCCAG